AUGUCAGGAAGCAUCACCAUCGAAUUGAAGUCGACAUUGAAAGGUCACAAGGGUGCCGUGACUGCCUUAGCGUGUUCUGCCUCCAAGCCUGAUUUGUUGAUCAGUGGAUCUCGUGACAAGACCCUUUUGACAUGGAAAGUUGAGACCACCAGUGAAGCGCAACCCGAAGCGAUCUUCCCCGUCAAAUCACUUCAUGGCCAUUCACACUUUGUUAGUGACUUAGUUCUUUCUGCUGAUGCCAAAUUUGCGAUUUCGUCCUCAUGGGAUCAUACCUUGAGAUUGUGGGACUUGGAUAAGAUGGAGUCUGUCAGACGUUUUGUUGGUCACGAAGGUGAUGUCUUGUCUGUAGCGUUCUCGCAAGACAACACUAAGAUCAUUUCUGGUUCCCGCGACAAGACCAUUAGAUUAUGGAAUACCUUAGGCAAAUGCAUUGCUGCUGUUAAGAACGAUUGCCACACCGAAUGGGUUUCAUGCGUCAGAUUUGUUCCAAACUCAAAGGGGAAUAAAAUCGUUUCUGGUGGAUGGGAUAAGUUAGUGAAGACCUGGACUUUGGAUCAGACUUGCAAGUUGGAGUCGACCAUCACUCACCACAAUGGCUUCAUCAACACUAUUGCUUUCUCACCAGACGGAUCUAUUAUGGCUACUGCUGGUAAAGACGGUGUCAUUGGAAUGUGGUCGUUGAACAAUGGAACUGGCCUCUAUGAAUUCUUAUAUGACAUCCAAGUCGGCUGCAUCAUUUACCAACUCGUCUUCGCUGAGAACCCAGAACACUAUACCCUCCUCGCAGCUACUGAACAGGGUGUCGCCAUCGUUAAGGAUAAGGAUAUCAUCGGCUUCCAGAAGACCUCCCCAGUCAUGUCCGUCACUUUGUCUGCUACUAGAGACACUUUCUUCACUGGUCACGCCAACAGCGAAAUUAAAAUGUGGAAGAUCAGCCCAAAGGCUAACUAA